AUGGUUCGCGGAAAUAUCCUGCUGCCGCUGCUCGCCAGCGCGGCGAGCAUCUUCUCAGCCGAGGCCAAAAUAGCGGGGGAGACGAAGAACAUUGCUGGAUCGUACAUUGUCGAAUUCGAAGACUCCCAGGACUCGGUAGAAUUCUUCAAUCAUAUUGGCUCGAAGGCCAAGACGCGGAUGAACUUGGAUUAUCAGCUAUUCAAGGGAGUCUCCAUUCAAUUCGACGAUCUCAAGACAGCCGAGGAAGAAGCCGCAAAGCUUAACUCUCUCGCCAGUGUCAAGCAAGUUUGGCCGAAUAGAGUAUACACGCUACCCAAAGAUGAGGUCGUAUGGACAGGAAGAAGUGGUGGACAAGACUACAUCAAGAAUGUCAAGAGGCAAUUGGGAAAUGACACCUUCACACCGCACGUGAUGACCCAAGUCGACAAGCUCCGGGCAAAUGGCGUCACUGGGAAGGGAGUGAAGAUCGGCAUUAUCGACUCAGGUGUCGAUUACACCCACCCUGCACUGGGUGGCUGUUUUGGUAGCGAGGAUUGUUUGUUUACAUUUGGUACUGACAUUGUUGGUGAUGACUAUAAUGGCGAUAACACGCCAGUUCCAGACGCCGAUCCAUAUGACGGAUGUGGAGGCCACGGUACUCACGUCUCGGGGAUCAUCGCAGCACAGGUGAAUGAAUUAGGUUUCACGGGUGUUGCCCCCGAUGUUAAACUCGGCAUGUUUCGAGUAUUUGGCUGUACUGGUGGUGCUUCCAACGAUGUCUUAAUCGAUGCCUAUAUGCAGGCAUUCGAAGCUGGAUCCAAUAUCAUUACUGCAUCGAUUGGAGGUUCUUCGGGCUGGAGUGAGGACCCCUGGUCCGUCGCCGUAUCCCGAAUCGUCGAAGCUGGAGUCCCAUGCACUGUUUCCGCCGGAAACGAUGGCGCAGCCGGUUUGUUUUACGCCAGCACGGCCUCUAAUGGUAAGAAGGUCACAUCGAUCGCAUCUAUCGAUAAUGAAGUCACACCGUUACUUCUGACCGAAUCGAACUUCACUGUUGGUAGCGGUGAUAACCAGGAAUUUGGCUACGCCCUUGGAGAACCGGGCGAAUGGGCGAACAUCAGUCUUCCGUUAUGGACUCCGUCGUUCAAUAUCACCGAUACAGCCCAGGCCUGUACUGCAUUGCCUGAUAAUACUCCUGACUUGUCCGGAUACAUCGUGCUAAUCCGUCGUGGUACUUGUACCUUUGUUGAAAAAGCAACCAACGCCGCUCAGCACGGUGCUAAAUACGUCUUGUAUUAUAAUAACGUCCGACCCGGUGCACUAGGACCUGCUGUCACUGGAGUCAAUGGCGUUCUGGGGACUGGUAUGGUAACUGCGGAUCAAGGUGAAUCGUGGGUUAAAUCAUUGGAGGCCAACUCCACGAUCAAGUUAAACAUGCUUGACCCCCUCACAGCCCCUGUCAGUUUGUCAUAUGCGGAGAACACCGUCACUGGUGGAUUUGCUAGCUCAUUCACGACUUGGAACCCGACCUUCGAGUUGGAUAUUAAGCCGCAGCUUGCCUCUCCCGGAGGAAACAUUCUGUCGACUUAUCCGAUCCCGCUCGGCACUUAUGCGAUUUUAUCCGGUACUUCCAUGGCGUGUCCAUUAGUCGCUGCUAUCUACGCUCUCAUUUCGAACGUGCGAGGGACUCUCGAUCCUGCUACGAUCGAAAAUUUGUUAUCGGCUACAGCUAAGCCGCAAUUUUUGAACGACGGGGAAAAAACCUAUUCGACCCUAGCACCCGUCUCGCAACUCGGUGGCGGCAUAGUUCAAGCGUAUGAUGCUGCUUACGCAACUACUUUGCUAAGCACAUCCAGCCUCGCCUUCAACGACACAGACAAUUUCGUCGACACCCUAAACUUCACCAUCAAAAAUCUAGGCACUGAGGAUGUCACUUACGAAUUGGGUAGUGUGGGCGCUUCUACCGGAUACACCUUUUCGGAUUCCAUCUACCCAGAUCCCUUCCCUGGAUUGCAGCUGACAGACGAAUAUGCCACCGUCGUGCUAAGUGAGCCAAAGGUUACCGUUGCUGCUGGCGACGAAGUCGUUGUCUCGGUGACAGUCACUCCACCUGCCUUGGAUGCUGCCCGUUUGCCCGUUUAUUCGGGCUAUAUUACGUUGAACGGCACGAAUGGCGAUAGCCUGUCCCUGCCAUAUAACGGCGCUGUUGGUAGCUUGCACAACGCUCGAGUCUUGGAUGAGGGCUACCUUUCGAUCUCGUCCGACCAGGAGUUGAACCCCGUGACGGGCAAUGCAUCGUUUGUCCUGCCCAGGGGCAACACGUCGACUUCUAAUGCUACGUACCCCGUCGCCGUCACGUUGCUGGCAUUUGGCUCGCCUCUUGUAAAUGUCCAAGUUGUGCCUCUAGAUGCCGCUCCCGGAGCUACUGCUAGCCAUAUUUUUGGUUCCCCGCUCAAAUAUGCAUCGCGAGAUCCGUAUGUGUUAGAAUGGGAUGGUAAACUGGCGGACGGUACCACGGCGUCGGCGGGCCAGUAUAAAUUUCGAUUCGAGGCGCUGCAUAUCUUUGGCGAUGCCUCGGAUCCGGCGGAUUACGAUACCGCUGAGUCGUCUGUAUUCACGGUCCGCUACAAUUAA